GAGCUUUUGUUAGUAUCAUUUUAACCGUCGCUUGUUUUGGACACCUCACCGGAUUGUGGGUUCCGUUUUGAACGUGGUGGUCAACUUCGAAUGGUAUCUGACGAUUAAUAGUGCACUAAAAAGUUUCACAUUUAUUACUACCGGUUCUGUGCAGUUUUGGGACGUUUUCGUAACAAAGUUGAUCCAGGUGGUGCAAAAAAGGGCAAUUCAGUAUAGAUUAAUGAAAACAUAAACUCAACAAUCAAUUAAGGCUGUGUUUAGUUGGAUUUAAAAAUGCGAUUGAAGAUGCGCGCGAAUCUCGCAGUGAAAUUGUCAUUACUAUCAUUGGCGUUAACACAUAUCUGUGUGAGUGCUAUUGAAACUCCGGAACCAUCAUCGCUGUUACGGCCUCGCGACAUCAAUCCACAUCCUUACGGCAAUGCCUACGAAGGAGUCAGCAUUUUCGACAAAAGUAUCAUCACCAACAGCGAAAAGUUUAUGGAAAAUUUACUUAAUCAAGCUCCCAUCCAAUUCCCCCGGGUGACAAACAGUGCAGCGAUGAAUGCAUUACCCCAUCCGUAUGAGAAAUUCGCCCUAAAAGAACGACUCGCUAAAACGGAACGCUUUUCCGGAGCAGACAAUCAAAUUGUCAAACCCGCGUACAAGGCUCUGGCUAAAUAUGCGGCUCGAGUGCUGAAUGGUCAAGUCGGCAACAGCUUUGCCGAAGAAGACUUUGAUCAUUAUAAUGAAGCCACCAAUCUCAAGAAGCAUUACGCUUUUUCCUAUACGGUGAAGGACUCCGCCUCGGGAGACGAUUUCUCGCACACCCAGCAACAGCAGGUCGAUGGGGCAGUCAAGGGUAGCUAUAAGGUUCAGCUACCGGAUGGAAGAAUGCAGAUCGUCAAAUACAUUGCCGACAACAAUGGUUACCGGGCCGAUGUGACCUACGAGAACGACAACGGUCAAAAUUUCAACCACGUGACGGCAUCUCCCACAGUGAUCCAAAGUCCCAUAACGGCAGCUCCGGUAGUUUCUCCGCUGGAAUCCGCUCAACCCAUUUACAACUACUACAAAAGACUUCAUCAGUCUCAACAAUACGUUCAACAACCUGUACCUCUUCGGCAAGCUCGUCCACAACAAGCUAUCUACUAUGCUCAAGCAACUCCAACCCAAAUCCCGGCUCCUUACUAUCCAGCUCAACUUCGAGUGAACGAUGUCAAAAUCCAUAGCUAUAACACCGGUCCUCACGCGAAUUCUCUGAUAAGAUCUACCUUAGCUCCAGCCCACAGGUCAUACGUCGCGUAUCAACCGGCAUCGAACAUUGCGUACGUCUCAUCCACUCCAAACCCAGCUCAAAUCCAAUCCAACACUUUGGCACAGGCUGGACUUAUCCCGGUUGUUGUGACAACGGCCCAACCUUAUCCCAUCUACAGAGAUAUCAACGUAACUCCACCGAGCAUAGGACCAACGCUCCGUAGGACAACUAUUUACGCCAAUCAGGCUACACCUCGGCCCGUGACUUACACCCCGGUUGCACCGGUACAAAGUAGUCAACCAGGAGCGGAUUAUGACUACGUUCAAAUUCCGGCCAGCAACCACGUGUACAAACGGAAUAGUGACAAGGAUAGUCAAGUUACCAAAAGUUCGGUCCAGUUGCCACAUAAAAAGAAAUCCUUAGAAUAAUAAGUAUGAAAGCGCGGUAUUCAGUGAAUAGCACACUUAUCAGAAUAUGAAUCUCUAUUAGUUUAUAUAAGUAACUUACUCAAUGUUUAAUUGUAGUGUCUGUUGUAAAUAAGAAUUCCUACAAAAAAUACAUGAAACCAUUAGUGAUGGAUUUCAAUCCACGCUAUGUCAUAGA